UACAUCCCUCUGCUCUCUAUUAGUCUCUUUCUCCCAGCUCCUCCUACUUGUAACAUUUCAUGGGGGAAAGAAAGUAAAAAAGAGGCAGAGAGAAAGGUUGCAAGGGUGUUGUGUAAUCAGAAAAUCACAGAGAGAGCUAGGGAAAUUGAGUAGGAGGAAGAUAGGAGGGGAAAACAAUGUUUUGAGCACAGGCAACUGGCUGCUGAGACAAAACAGCAAGAGAGAAAGAGAGAGAGAGAGAGAGAGAGAGAGAGAGAGAGAGAGAGAGAGAGAGAGAGAGAGAGAGAGAGAGAGACAGGAGACAACGUACCACCUAGACACAAGAUGGCUACGGUCUCUUCGGAUUUAAAUGCUGCAGAGGGAUCCUCUCCAACCAUGUGGCGCCUACUGUUGCUGGGGUUCCAGGGCUCCGGAAAGACCUCAACACUGAAUACCAUCUUGAGCCAGGAGAAAAACCCAUCUGACAAUUCCCAAACAGACCAACAACAUUGGGUAGACAUACUCACUUGGCGACUGUUGAUCAUUGACACGCCAGGAUGGAAUCUGGAAACCAAAGACACAACUAAUGAGACGGACUCAGAGAACCAGCAGUCCUUCAUUGAUCAAUGUUCUCCUGGUCCCCAUGCCCUGCUGCUGGUGGUUCCCAUCGGAGUUCCAUUCACCGAAAACCACUGGCAAGGCCUUUGGUCCCGAGUUAGAGAACUGGGCGCAGGAAUAUGGAGGCACACCAUGGUUUUGUUCACCUGUGCAGACCGGUUGCUGGACACGGGUGUUGAGGAAUUUAUUGUGGAUGGCGGGGCAGCGCUGCAGAGGUUGGUGGAGAGGUGUGGCUCCAGGUAUCAUGCCUUGGAUAACACCUGCUCAGACAAAAGUGCUCAAGUUGCAGAGCUUUUACAAAAAGUUGAGGAAAUGGUUCGGGAGAAUCAAGGCUGGUUCUUUGAAAUGGUGAGGCCAAGCCUUGGAUUCGAUGAAGAAAGAGAAGAGAAUGGAGUCCCAGAAGUGGAGAGGACAGCAGCAAUGUUUAGAUCUCCGCCAAGAGAGUUACGGGUUCUGCUAGUAGGCUGGCGUGGAGCAGGUAAGAGCUCUGCAGGUAAUCUUCUACUGGGUAGUCGUGUGUUUGAAUCAGGACGCCCCACUGAGGUGUCUGUCCGUCAUCAAGCAUUGGUUGCUGGUCGGCGCCUCACAAUUGUUGACACACCAGGUUGGGAUUGGUUCUCCGCCCAGCGCACACCAAGCAACAUUCGAAAAGAAAUUAAACAAGGGGCAGGGCUUCUCCAUCCUGGCCCACAUGCACUCUUACUGGUAAUCCCUGUAGUCUCGACCCUCACUUCCAAAAAGAGGCAGGCCCUCAAGAGCCAUUUGGAAAUCUUUGGUGAGGAGGCGUGUCUUCACACACUGGUGCUGUUUUCAUGUGGCGAUUGGCUGUAUGGCACAUCCAUCGAGGAUCACAUCCAGCGGGAUGGGGAGCUGCUGAAACUGAUGCAGCAUUGCUGGAACUGUUAUCAUGUGCUGGAUUGUACCAAAGCCAACAAUGACAGGACACAGGUGACUGAACUCUUGCAGAAAAUAGAGGAAAUGGUAGCAGAUAAUGGAGAGAAACCAUUCUUACCUGUCAAAUUAAAUCAAGAACUGGACGAGGAGGAAACAAGUGGAAGAUGCAUUCUACAGUGAAAUAUAUGACAACAUAAAGUGCAACUCUGGUAAAUCUCAGAAGAAUGUAGAGGUUAUUGACCUUUUUGAUCCCAAAACAAGCGGUAUUUAUGCAACUAUAAGGCCAUUCACACUGUUUGUAUGUCAUGUUGAUAGAAUUAGACUUGCAACCUACAUUUCUGGCUUCUUGAGCAAUGUUAAGAUUUAGUCAUAUUUUCAUAGUUUUAAAUUAAGAACAUUUUUUCAAGUAUAUGUAAAAUGCAUGAUGGAAACAAACAACAUGACUAUUCAUUUCCACAGUGUAAAGCAGGACUCAUUGUAUUGUAGCAAUACUGUACAAUAUUUACACAACCUCAUCAUUUUUCAUGCAUUCAAAGUCAUAUAUUUGGUAAAACUGCAUUUCACAAAAUUGGAAUAUUGUUAACAUUUAGUUUGAAUGCACUCACUAUAUUUUCAUAAAGGGAUUAAGUAUACCUGGAUUUUUGAAUAUACAAUUGUUCUACAUACUGUACAUCUGUCCCAUCGAGCACCUUGUGGGUUUUUUUUUUAAAUUUGAUAUUUAGCAACUUAGGACUUUGAUGGCAGCAUUACCUUAACCUAAAAAAUAUUUACCCAUGUGUUUUAAGCAUUCAGGGAAUGGAUGUCUGUUACUAUUGCAUAGUAAUAAUUACCUUGUCCUCAAAAAUAUUCAGCGCAAAAUGAGAACAUAACAAAUUCAGCUUCCAGGUUGAAUUUCCUUGAUCCGUGAAAUCCUAGCGAACAUAAAGGCAAGAACCACAUUUAUUUUUCUACCACCCAUACAGUUCUCCUUGGUCAUUAACAGUGAGGUUAUGCUGUUUGUGGAAAUUGUUUUUGACUAAACAGGCUAAAUAUAUUUUUAUACAUUGACCAAAAACAAAUAAAUAAUUUUAUAAAAUACUCCAACUCAUUUCUUUGUCCAUUUCAUAAUAAAAAGAUUAAACACACAAGCAACGUUUUAAAAUGUUUAUUACAUAAAUAACAUUCAAGCUAAUUGAUAUGUAGUUAAAGGACCAUACAACCACAAAAUGUUGAGCUCUACACAAAUUAAUAUAAGCACACAUACCA